AUGGCUUUCAGGACAUUCAAUGGGAUACCCGACCCACUUAUCUAUGCUGCGCUCAUACCCGCGCGAGAAGACCUGGGUUUACCUGGCUUCGAUCUCUUGAUGCCCCAGAAGGAGUUCACAGUUGGUCGGGGAGAGCAUAAUGAUAUUUGCAUUCGCGGGCGUCAUAUCAGCAAUGAGCAGUGUAAACUCGUAUGGGACUCGGAAAAGAAGGUCAUGCUCGUUCAGUGGCUGCCAACCACUAAUGGUACCUGGAUCAAGAACAGUCGACACGAGUGCCAUAGAUUGAAGCAGGGCGAAUCGUUCCACUUAUAUGGUGACAUCAGCUUCGGUCCAGCUGUGAGUAGAUACGGCAAGGGGCCUGGACGAGAUGACUACCUAUACACGUUUCGCGUCUAUGGCGAGCACCGGAUGCAAGAGCACUUGCAGCCCGAAGAACUUGUCGAGCGUAAAAAAGCCCGAGCUCGCUUCAAGACAGCGCACUUUGACAAGGCUACUGCUACGAGACGAUGUGUUGUGCAAUACCGUACCUCCUCUGAUCGCCCACCAGAGCUGGCUUCCGCCGAACGCCAAGCGACACCCCCAUUUGUCCCUCCGCCUGCGCUUGGAGAUGAUUUCAAGCCGAGCGGCAACGUCGGCCACUUCGAGCCUCGCGACAAGGCUGAUGGCCACGACUGGGCUGAUCCAGACAUCGUUUGGCGCGCUGUCGUACCCGUCAACCCUAACACCGAACCUGUCUUUCCCGACGAUAUGGAGCUUUGGUCGCAUCACUACGGGUUGCCGGUCGGGCUCCAUCCCGAUUAUCAAACGUUUAGCGGCACUCCGUAUGACGACACAUUCACCGAGAUCGACCAGCGGCGGCAAGAACGAGCUGAACGCUAUCUCACAUGGAAACGGUCCGCUGAAUACAGUGCGAUGGUGAGAUUGGCUUGCGAAGAGACGGGGCAAAAAUACACCACUCCGACUCCCUCUCCCUCUCCCGCACCUGAGCUAGAUCUCGAACAGUCUCUUCGUCCUGGCAGGUCGCGGUUCACUUUGUCAGCGAGUGACGUGCCGUUGACACCCAUUCCAUCUUCCCAUGCCAAGGUUCGCGAGCCCAGCCCGUCUGACUGCAGGUCUCCCGACAGCACGUCUCAUGUGGAGAGCGCCGCGGCUCAUGUCGAAGACGCAACUCAUGUUGGGCCUCGCAAGCGGAAGCGCGCACUGGACGACGCACCAACCCCCAAACGACGGCAGCUCCGUGCACCGACCAGCGGGACUGGCCCGCGGACGCGCUCUGCGCGCGCACAAUCUCACGCGGACAGUUUGGUAGCCUCAAAACCUACGCGAAAAUCAAAGGCUUUUAGGGCAAAACAGGCGCCUGAUGUGCUACCGCGUCGCUCUACGCGCCUCAUGGACAAGCCCCCCGUCCGCUACAAAUAUUAA